AUGGCCGCAUCCGUCACUAAUGCCAAUACCGGCACGCCAUCGUAUUCGAUGGCAUCGCUAUACGUCGGUGAUCUUCAUCCCGACGUCACCGAAUCGAUGCUGUUUGAAAAAUUCAGCACCGCCGGAUCAGUCCUGAGCAUCCGCGUUUGUCGUGAUAACGCCAGUAGGCUUUCACUUGGAUAUGCGUAUGUCAAUUUCCAGCAACCGACUGACGCGGAGCGUGCUCUAGACACAAUGAAUUUUGACAUCCUUCAUGGCAGGCCGAUGCGGAUCAUGUGGUCACAGCGAGACCCUGCCGUAAGAAGAUCAGGCACGGGCAAUAUUUUUAUCAAAAAUUUGGACAAAGUCAUCGACAAUAAGUCUAUCUACGACACAUUUUCGCUUUUCGGGAAUAUACUUUCAUGCAAGGUAGCCGUUGACGAAGAAGGAAACAGCAAAGGCUACGGUUUUGUUCACUUCGAAACCGACGAAGCCGCGCAAAGCGCUAUCAAUAAAGUCAACGGUAUGCUCCUAGCUGGAAAGAAAGUGUAUGUCGGUAAAUUCCAACCACGAAGUCAGCGAAUGCGUGAGAUGGGCGAGUCCACAAAAAAAUUCACAAACGUAUUUAUAAAAAACUUUGGAGAAAGUCUGGAUAAGGAGGCGCUUCAGAAGCUUUUCGAACCGUUUGGUAAUAUCACUAGUUGUGCGGUCAUGACCGAUGCCGAAGGCAAAUCGAAGGGUUUCGGUUUUGUCGCGUAUGAGCAGCCGGAGCAGGCCGAAAAGGCCGUGCAAGAGAUGAACGACUAUCAGAUUGAGGGUACCGAUCACAAAUUGGUAGUUUGUCGCGCCCAGAAAAAGAGCGAAAGAAACGCGGAGCUCAAACGCAAGCAUGAUCUUCAAAAGGUAGAACGCAUGCAGCGUUAUCAAGGGGUAAAUUUGUAUGUGAAGAAUCUUGAUGAUACAGUCGAUGAUGAUGCACUUCGCAAGCACUUCGAAUCAUAUGGCAAAAUUACAUCUUGCAAGGUCAUGACUGAUGAGAAUGGUCGUUCGAAAGGUUUCGGAUUCGUUUGUUUUGAGAAGCCUGAUGAGGCUACUAACGCUGUUACUGAGAUGAACUCGAAAAUGGUGUGCUCGAAGCCACUAUAUGUUGCAUUGGCGCAGCGUAAGGAAGACCGUCGCGCACAGUUGGCAUCACAAUACAUGCAAAGAUUGGCCAGCAUGAGACUCAGCAAUAACGUACCCGGUACCAUGUAUACUCCCAGUCAAGGCGGCUACUUUGUAUCCAGCACUCUGCAGAAUCAGCGUGGGUUCGCUCCUGGUGCAAUGGCUGGAACUGCAAUGAGAAGUUCUGCUCGAAACUGGCAGAGUAAUUUCGGAGGCCAGAAUCCGUACAUCGUGCCUGGAGGUCCAGUUUUCCAGGGACGAGGUCGCGCCGGAGGUGCUGCCAAUGACUUGCGUUCUCAGCAGUUCACUUCCAAUGCUGUGCAGGGUGGUAAUCGUCUUGCAGGACAAAGAGUUGUGCCGGCAGGUGUUGCUGGCCAAGGACAAGGCGCCGGACAACGUCAACAUCCUGGUCAGAGGCCUCAGGCAGCUGGUGGGAAGCAGAAUGCUGCGUCACUGUUCCAACAGUAUCCACAGAACCAGCAGCAGAGAGCUCCGAUCGCUCAGGGAAUUGUUGUCGGGGGGCAAGAACCGUUAACGUCCCAUAUGCUUGCCCAGGCCGCCCCACAGGAGCAAAAACAGCUGCUUGGGGAACGUAUCUACGCUCUAAUCGACAGGUUAUAUCCGGGCCACAAGGAUGCAGGAAAGAUAACUGGAAUGAUGCUGGAAAUCGACAACUCGGAGCUGAUAAUGAUGCUGCAGGACUUGGAUCUUUUCAAGUCGAAGGUGGAAGAGGCGUCAUCGGUCCUUCAAUCGGCGGCCAAAAUGAACUGA